AGUCGUCGUUGUCGUGCUAUUUAGUGCAGUUUGUGUUUCCUUUACGAUCAAUUAAGGAAGAAUAACUUCAAAAUGUUAAAGCUAAAUCUGCAAAGAAAGAGCGCCAACAUUGGCAACUUGCUGCUCAGCCGCAGUGCAACAACGACAACCACCCACGGCAGUCAUUAUCAGUAUCUGCAGCGCUCCAAGCUCCCCACCAUGUACUUCCAGCGUUCACUGCCCCGCCUCCCUGUCCCGUUGCUGGAGAAGACUUGUGAGCGUUUCCUCACGGCUGUGCAGCCAAUACUGACGUCGACAGAGCAUAGCGCCACGCAACAGGUGGUGGAGGAGUUCCGCCAGGGCGUGGGAAUGGAACUGCAUGCCAGGCUGAAGCAGAGCGAUGAGGCCAACAAACACACCAGCUAUAUAUCGAAGCCUUGGUUCGACAUGUAUCUGAGCGAUCGUGCCCCACUGCCGCUUAACUAUAACCCGCUAUUGGUGCUGAAAAGUGAUACUCGGCCGCAGUAUCAGCAACAGUUGGUGCGCGCCACAAAUCUGAUCAUCAGUUCGUUGCGUUUCUGGCGUUCCCUGCAAGCUGACUUGCUUGAGCCCGAAGUCUAUCACAUGAAUUCCAAGAAGAGCGACACACCCGCCUAUCGACGCUGGAUGUCUGUUGCCCCUAAAGCCUUCGCCACCUACGCCUCAUAUGCAUUUAAAGCCUUCCCGCUGGACAUGAGUCAGUAUAACCAAUUGUUUGGCACCUCUCGCAUCCCCAGGAUAGGCAAAGAUGAGCUCGUGCAGUCGCCAAACUCGAAGCACAUAUUGGUGAUGAGACGUGGAUAUAUGUACGCUGUGAAUGUUUUGGACAGCAGUGGAUAUAUCGAAAGUCCCAGUGUUAUUUUGGGUCGCCUGCAGGCCGUCCUUAAGCAGGAUGCAGAGCGAGAGCCGACCGAUGUACCACUAGGGGUGCUAACCACUGCCCAACGUGAUGAGUGGGCGCGAGCGAGGGCGCAUUUCGUAAGCAGCAGCAAGAAUGCGGAUUUGCUGGAACGUGAAGUGGAUUCGGCGCUGUUCUGCGUCUGCCUAGACAGCGCUGAGGAUGGUGUGUUUGAUGAGGCGAACCAAGUACCGCUGCUUAAACAUUUGCUGGCCGGCAAAGCACAAAAUCGCUGGUUUGACAAAUCCAUUUCGCUGCUCAUCUGCGCUGAUGGUACGACGGCCGUAAAUUUCGAGCACUCUUGGGGUGAUGGUGUUGCCGUUUUGCGGUACUUCAACGAGCUGUACAAGGACACGUUACAGCAGCCGUAUGUGGACACCGCAACCGUGCCUACGCCUGCCAUUGGAGCCAACAUUGUGCGCGCUCUGAACUUUGAAUUUGACGACACCACACGUGGCGCUGUGGCUGCCGCCUACGCUCAAAACGCGAGCAUUGUGGAUAGCCUGGAGAUGAAUUUGUUGCGCUAUCCGCAGCUUAACAAGGGCGCUUGCAAGCGUUACGGUCUCAGCCCUGACUCCAUAAUGCAGCUAUCCUUUCAACUGGCUUAUCGCCAGGCCUUCGAUCGAUAUGUCGGCACCUAUGAGUCAUGCAGCACGUCGGCUUUCCGCCACGGCCGCACUGAAACCAUGCGACCAUGCACCCUGGCCACGAAGGCGUUCUGUGAGGCAGUGUUGCAGCCAGCUCAGAGGCAGCCAAGUGCGUCGGAAUUACGCGCCAUGAUAGACAAAUGCAGCAGCGUCCAUGGACAGCUGACUAAGGAGGCGGCCAUGGGACAGGGCUUUGAUAGGCAUUUAUUUGCAUUAAAGAACAUCGCUCAGCUAGAGGGCUUAUCUCUGCCCAAACUCUAUGAGACUGAAGCCUAUAAGCGCAUCAACUAUAAUAUUAUAAGUACUUCGACGUUAGGCUCGGAUGCACUGCUCGCCGGAUCAUUUGGACCGGUGGUUAGGGAUGGUCUAGGCAUUGGCUACUCCAUUCAGAAUGAUUUCGCCGGCGCCGUUGUGACCUCUUAUAAGAAUCAGGCGAAGGGCAAGGAGUUUGUGGAUAGUCUGGAAAAUGCCUUUAAUAAAAUACGCGCCAUCAUCGAACAGAGCAGCAGUGGCAGAAGGAAGUAGUAGUCCUCUUUAAUGGGACAUAGUUUCAAGAAUAUUCAGCAUUCAGGAUUACAUUACCCACAAAAGAUUUUCUGUAUUACUAUAGCAAUUAUGAUGCCAAGCAUUAGAAUCCUUAAUUUAUAGCCCGAAACUCUUUACUUUAUUGCAUUCUUUUCUCUCCGUCUAAAAGCCAUAAUCAUAAGCCCGCAAAGCUUAGCGUAGAACUUUGCAAUGCGAAUGCGAUAAUAAAAAUGAAAGGAAUAUAAAAUAACAAA